AUGGGGCCUGCGGGGCCCGCGAUCGAUGGCCCGGCGGAGAAGCUGGUGAAUGAACUCCAGCAGAGCCGGAAGAUGCAGAUGAUCGACCAUCUACAGGCGAAGCUGUUGGAAGAUCAACGGCGAAGCCUGAAACAUUUCGAAUGCGUGCAGAGUGGUCUCAGCAUCAUGCGGGCGGGCGCCAUGCGCUCCCGACCCCAGACCUCUCCGGCGGGCGGCAUCGUCAAGCAGACGGCGCAAGAGUUGGGGCUGCAACGGCUCUCCUUUACCGAGACGUUGCGCCAGGAGGUCGAAGCCUCCAGGGUCUCGUGUGGCAUCCGCGGCAGUGUGGAGCUCCCGAGCCACGUGCCGAUGGCGCAGAUCCCCGAGCAGCCGGAGCUCGAGCGCCCCAAGACCUCGCCCGCCGCGCCCGUCACGGCGCCGCCCACCGCGGCGGCGCCCGCGUCGCCGGCGCCGACGUCGCCCUCGGCGAAGAGCGACGGCGCGGGGCAAUCGCUGAGCUUGAACAAAAGCUUGAAGACGAUGAAGACGGCAGGCACCGUGAAGUUCAGAGGGAGCGGCUCGGGCGGCGGCAGUGGGCCACUGGGGGUCAGUUGGAACGACGAAGAGGAGGAAUUCUGUCGCUUCCACGAGGAGUACCUCUUCCCCUUGGACCAUGAAGACUUCAACCUCGCUGAUGCCCAGCUCUAUCGUGCCAAAGGCUCCAGUUUGCUCCUGCCACGAGCCGAGAUAUGA